AUGAAAGGCCUAUUCCCUGCCACUGCAUUGUGUUUGGUGAACAGGGCGGCCAUUGUUUGCCUUGCUUGUCGGCCAUGUUGGAGCAAAGCGGGCACAAAACGCAAGGACUUCUUUAGUUCGUCUUUGUCUUCCGCUUGUCUUGAUUUCGAUUCUUGCAUCCGUCUUUUUACUUCAUCACUUUCUUCUGAAUUUUUCGAGUUCUUUCUUUCUUUAUUUUUUCUUUUUUCUUUCUUUCUUUCUUUCUUUCUUUCUUUCUUUCUUUCUUUCUUUCUUUCUUUCUUUCUUUCCGUCUUUUCUUCUUAUUUCAUUCAUACGCUUUCUUUCUUUAAAACUGGUAAUCAUUUUUACGUUUCCCUCCGUUCUUUUUUCUUUUACGAAAUUCUACCUUUUUUCUUUCUUUUUUUUUCCGGGCCACUAGCGAGAGCUUUAAUUUGGAAACAUUUUUCUUUCUUUCUUUCUUUCUUUCUUUCUUUCUUUCUUUCUUUCUUCCUUCCUUUCUUUCUUUCUUUCUUUCAUUCUUUCUUUCUUUCUUUCUUUCUUUCUUUCAAAGACAGAAAGAACCUGGGAAAAAGUAGAUAG